AUGACUAAAACGGAUGUUUCAAUUGAUAAUAAUAGUCUACACAAAAGUCAAGUGAAGAGCAGAAGGUCAGUGAGACUCCAAGGUGGCAAGAAUGAGUUUGAAGGUGCAGUGGAGGUUUAUUUGAAUGGAGUGUGGGGAACAAUCUGUGGCAGCCACUGGGACAAUAAUGACGCAACAGUCAUAUGCCGACAGCUUGCACUUGGUGAAAAAGGUACAUCAAAACACAUACCAUUUUCCGGACUGAGCCUUAUUCCUGUUUACUGGAGUGAAGUGCGUUGUCGUGGUGAUGAAGAAAAUAUACUGUUAUGCGAAAAAGACAUCUGGCAGGAUGGAAUAUGUCCUCAAAACACGGCAGCUGCUGUUACAUGUAGCUCUUCUCUAGCCUCUGACUUUACUCCGAUCCGGCUGGCUGGUGGGAACAAGGCUUACGAAGGAAGAGUAGAAGUCUACCAUGCUGGCCAGUGGGGGACUAUCUGUGACGAUCAGUGGGAUGACGCAGAUGCUGAAGUUGUCUGCCGGCAGCUAGGCCUUGGGGGUGUUGCCAAGGCAUGGAGCCAGGCUUACUUUGGAGAAGGCUCAGGCCCUGUGCUUCUGGAUGAAGUGCGGUGUACAGGAAAUGAGCUAUCUAUAGAACAGUGUCCAAAAAGCUCCUGGAGGGAACACAACUGCGGCCACAAAGAAGAUGCUGGUGUUGCCUGUACACCUCUCACAGAUGGUGUAUUAAGGCUAACAAGUGGGAAAGGCAGUCAUGAAGGACGCCUGGAGGUCUAUUAUACUGGGCAGUGGGGCACAAUCUGCGAUGAUGGGUGGACAGAGCUGAAUACACAGGUGGCUUGCCGGCAGCUGGGAUUUAAGUAUGGAAAAAGUGCGCCUGAGAGCUCCUCAGAAGGAAACUCUGGUCCCAUCUGGUUGGAUGAUGUCAGCUGCUCUGGAAAGGAGACAAACCUUCUGCAGUGCUCAAGGAGAGAGUGGGGAAAGCAUGACUGCAGCCAUCAGGAGGAUGUCAGACUCAUUUGCCAUCCGGAUAACAACAGCCACAAACUCUGGCUUGGUCCUCCCAUCAGGCUGAUGGAUGGUGAGAAUAAGAAGGAAGGACGUGUAGAGAUUUUUUUCAAUGGUCAGUGGGGCACGAUUUGUGAUGAUGGAUGGUCUGAUAAGGAUGCAGCUGUAGUCUGUCGACAGCUCGGCUACAAAGGUCCAGCGAGAGCAAGGACAAUGGCAUAUUUUGGGGAGGGCAAAGGCCCAAUCCAUGUGGAUAAUGUGAAAUGUACUGGAAAUGAGAGAUCCUUGGCAGACUGCAUUAAGCAGGACAUUGGAACACACAACUGCCGUCACAGCGAGGAUGCAGGCGUCAUCUGUGACCACCUAGGCAAGAAGGUUCCCGGGAACAGCAACAAAGAUUCUCUUGCUUCUGUUUGUGGAUUGAGGUUACUACAUCGUCGACAAAAACGAAUAAUUGGUGGGAAAAAUUCUUUACGGGGCGGUUGGCCAUGGCAGGUUGCACUCCGACUGAAAUCAUCUCAUGGGGACGGAAGACUCUUGUGUGGUGCUACUCUCAUUAGCAGCUGCUGGGUCCUCACUGCAGCGCAUUGCUUUAAAAGGUAUGGCAAUAACACUAGGAACUAUGCCGUGCGAGUUGGAGAUUAUCAUACGCUGGUACCAGAAGAAUAUGAGGAAGAAAUUGGAGUCCAAGAGAUUGUGAUGCACAAGGAGUACAGGCCUGACAGCAGUGACUAUGACAUUGCACUAGUGAGGUUACAGGGGCCAGAGGAACAGUGUGCCAGAUUCAGUACCCACGUCUUACCUGCCUGCCUGCCCUUAAGGAGAGAGAGACCACAGAAAACUGCUCCUAACUGUUACAUCACUGGAUGGGGUGACACAGGAAGGGCUUAUUCAAGAACAUUACAACAAGCUGCCAUCCCCUUACUUCCCAAGAGGGUAUGUGAAGAGCGUUAUAAAAGAAGAUUCACAGGCAGAAUGCUCUGUGCUGGAAACAUCCAGGAACAGAAACGCAUCGAUAGCUGUCAAGGGGACAGUGGAGGACCACUGAUGUGCGAACGUCCAGGGGAAAGCUGGGUUGUGUAUGGUGUGACCUCCUGGGGCUAUGGCUGCGGAAUGAAAGAUUCUCCAGGUGUCUACACAAAAGUCUCAUCUUUUGUACCCUGGAUAAAGAGUGUGACCAAACUAUGAAUGUGCUUAAUCAAAACCAAACUUUAUUAAAAACAUGAAUAAAGCAGGACAGCUUGAACAGCAUAGAUUGCACAGCUAGGGCCCACUGCGAGUGGAAACAGGCACAUCUUCCUGACUUGUGUGUUUCUUUUGUGUGUGUGUGUUAAAUCCAGGCUGAAUACACACAACCUUUCCAGUUAUGAAUUACUAUGCAUACACAAUCCUUCUGUGUUGAGGAAGUUUAUCUUGCAUGAACAAAUUACUGUGUACCAAAACAGUCAGAAAAGGGACCUCCAGCUUAGAGUAACAUUAGAGCACAAAAGCUAACGAGUUCACUAGCAGAUCCACUAUUCACAGGAAGCUCCAAGCUUUUAUAUAAUUAAUUAGACCUCAAAAUUCAUUUUUCAUUCUUGUUUAUUUAAUCAGUUCUUGACUGCUUUCCUAUUUCUCCUAUGAUCUUAUACUCAGUCUGCUAAUUUUGACUGUUAUUUUGCCAGCUGAUGAGACCAUAAACAGGGAGAUUCUUGCUAAGUAACUCUGUCUAUGCAUUAAGUGUUAGAAGGAAAAUAAUUGUCGAUAAUCAGACCUUCACCUAGUCUGAAAAACAUUCUUACAGCUCAGCUCCUAAAGCGCAUUCCCAAGUAAAGUAGAUAGCAUGCUGGAAGGUAAUUAGUUUCCCUGCAAACAUUCUACACAGCUGUGUGAGCUAGAUAAAUGCUGGAAAUACUGAAUCAGUGCCUGGCAGAAAAGAUGUAUAAAGUCUUAAAGGAUUAUUUUCUAAAUACUUAGACAACACUACCAUGUUUAGGGGCAACACUGGUUCAGAUCAUUCUCAUUGAAAAAGUGAUAAUUAUUUUAAACCAAUAACUACUGAAGUCUCUUAUUUUUUUUAGCCAGCAACUGCUCAAUUUUGCUAUAGUAAUUUAUGACACUACAUGAAGUUAUAAGACAGUCAUAUGGACCCUAAUGCCCUUUUAUGUUCUAAACAUCAUUUAGCAAUAUCCAUGAACUACAGUUUUUAAUGACUUAUGAAAUAUUAACAUAUCUUGAUUCCCUUUGUUAACUCCUUUUAAAAAAACUCUUCCGCACGUUAUGAAAAUCAUGAUGGUUUGUUAUAAAAAAAAGCACCAAGAAAAAGAGACUCAUGUCAAGAAAAAUAGAAAACAACUCACUACCUUUUUAGAAAUGGCCAUUCCACUUAACUUAGAAUCACAGAAUCAUUUAAUUUGGAAAAGAACAUUGACAUCAUCAAGUCCAACCAUUAACACGACCUACUGAGUCCCAUUGUUUAAACCAUGGCCCUUUGUGCCAUACCUCCAGGGACGGGGACACCCUUGCUUCCCUGGGCAGCCCAUCCCAGUGCUCGACCUCCUCCUGGUGAAGAAAUUCUUUCUCAUCCAGUAUUAUCAUACAGAACCCAGGAAGGAAUUACCAUUUCACGCAACCCCAAUUGGUACCAAUCUUUAAAGAGCAGAGGCUAACUACAGUCAACAGUGAAACAAGAAAGUUCAGUACUAUGUCUAUGAGCUUUCCUUAAGGCCAGCUGGACUGCCUGCAAGCAUACCCCAUAUGGUACAUUUUUAACAACGAUGCUUCUUAAAAAGGUGAAACAAAAGCUCUGUGGGCCAUGAAACACCCCAGUGAGAUAAGCGUGGCAGCUAUGUGUCACUGCAGAGCUACUGUACAAACUGUAACUAUGUUACUGCUUUCCUCUGUUUCCUUUCCUCACUCAAGCUAUGACAGUAUUGCCUGGCCUUCUGUGAACAAAGCGAGAUGCUUGUAUUCGUGUUGUAAGUGGGCAUUCAUUUCCAUAUGCUUCUGUGUCUCCAAUGUUUUAACAAAUAUCCAAGACAACUGGUUUGUGAGAAGUUACAAUAAUGUCGCAAGUGACUGUAACUUGGCCCUCAAUUUCUCUCCUCAAACUUUGUUAUUAAGGGCCAUGACUAGCUUAAAUAUCUUGUUGGAACUGGUGCUAAACUAGUACACAUGAGGUGCUUUUAUAUAUUUUAGUUUUCUGUAACACUGCACUAGCAGAAUAGCAUGAAAUAUAUUAUUUAAAAACAUCAUAUAGUGCUAUGAUCACCUACUGUUAGACCUAUGUGAAAUACUCUCCUAGCAAACUUUAAAACCAUUUACGUUUUUACUCGUAUGUAGCCCUUUUAAUUACAGAGGAAAUAAGCCUGUCAGAAGGUAUUGACUCAUACAAUCAGAGUUUUGCUAAAUAUGACCCAUGAUUUCGAGACUUGUGAAGUAGACAACACAGUGCAAUAUGUGUGUGAUGUACAGUGUAAAUCAUUUUCUUUUAAGAUUUGCACCAGAGUGCAAUACUGAGGGAAAAGAAAUCAAGUCUGCACUCUAAACCUAGUAACAUUUCGAUUUAGUAAGGUAGAUCAUUAGUUUUGCUCUCUUAGGAUGCUUUAAUAAUUAGAAGUUGAAAUGAUGCACUACAGUUCCCAUGCAGACAGCAUGCCUCUUCUAGUUUCUAGAAGAAAAUGAAAUUGUCUUUAUGUUAUGCCAUUCUAAUUCUUGUUCAAUGAGCCUGAUGAUGUAAAUGUGAACAAUAAAAACUGUCAUGCUGACUGGAACUUCUAUACAUAAUGUAUAAGUGGAUGCAGCAGAAACAUCAGCUGUGGGUAAACUUUUCAGUUUGCAAUGAAUUUUCUGAUUAACAAAGAUAUUCCACACAAAGUUGUGCCAAGCAAGAGCUGGCAUUAUCCAAGUUUGCUCAUACAUUUCAGAAGGAAUACAUUUAACUUGUCUGAUUUUUCAGUUAUUUUAUGAAUACGCAUUAAGUGAAAACAUCCAACAAAUAAAACAGAGAAAGCAGCUACGUACAAAAAUAUCUAUUUCUUCCCUGCAGCAAUAACCUCUAAAAUCACGUGCCUUUUGGAAUGGCUUUCAGACAGCAUCAGUCAGUUAAUUCUUCGGCCCAAAACUAUUCAACUGAAAAUACAAGGCCCAGAUACCAGAAGGUAAAUACACACAACGCCAUUUGGCCCCGCCUCAGGAGCUCUGGACUCCAUGUGCAGGUCUAGUCUUGGUUAUCAGUACAUUUGUAAGGAAGAAGCGACACUUGCAGUGUAAGUCCAUAUCUCUUUAUUGACUCAUUAAUACAUCUGAAUACUUUACAUUAGCAUAUAUUAAAGUUUUACCCGCAGACGUUCACGUACAUCUUUUAGACUUCAUAAACUUACCUUCGUCUUCUGCAGUACAUGUACACUUCCUGCAACGACCCUUCAAAGGUGCUUCAGCAGAGCCACCAGUGAAAACACAACACUUCUCCAGAUUUAAGACUGCUGCAGCACAGUCAGCUACAUGGCUAGAGUACAGCACAGUAACUAACUACUGAGAUUUUAAUAGCACAAAACUUAGUGAAAGCCUUGAGAUGAGAGCAGCUACAAAUUCUGGAAGCCAGCACAAAAUAUGCCAACCAUCCUCCUAACUACAUUUGCUUUUGUGCAGACUGAUUCCAAACUAAUUUGAAGCACAGUACGCUACAUCCCAGGCCCUCUGUAGUAAAGAUGGGAGACUGCAGAGCAUCUAGGCUCAAGGUAUAAACUUAAUUAGAAGAGUUCAUUUAAGUCUAAAUUGAAAUUAAGGCCUACUCUAGAAGUAGUGCUUGCCUCCCUGUUUGAAAAAGAGGAAUACUACUGCUCGCAAUGACCAUUAAUUCUGUAAAAUUGCGUAUCUACCCUUAAAGUAAGUAAAGAACCAAAAUUCUAGUUACAGUUACUCCAAAAAUUUACAGGCUGAAUUUAGACCCAUCUUCUUCUGCCAUCACAACUCAAGAAUGUUUUUCCCUUGUAAAGAGAAGUUUGACGCAGUUUAAUAUUGCUACACAUACAAGACAGCAGAUAUUACUGAACAGCACGAUGCCUUCCUAGAAGCUGUACACUGCUCUGAAAUUAAGCUACUAGAAGCCAUCUCCCCUGCUUCAGAUCACUGUUUGUAUUCACUUUGCUAACUCAGUAAUGUGCUUACUGACAGGCUUGUUCCUUGCACACACAGCUCCUGCACAUCUGUGGACGCAGAUGCCUCCAGUUUAGCAGGCCAAAGUACAGGCAAUACCUGCCUUUACCACAGCCCAGUAUUCAGAGUAUACUCAAUACAUCCACACCCGAGCCCAAUUCUUCCAAGUAACACAGACUUUUCCUCUUGGUUACCAUUUUUUUGUCAGUAAAAGAUUAUUACACACAACCAAGUAGACUUUUAAUAACUAAAAAUCAAGCCCGUAUCUUGAUUUCAGUGCUGAUCAGACAGGACUCAGCAGUUUAGUCGCUAAAUAUAACCAGUAAAUUGCUAUUGUUCCUGUUAUUGAUAGAAUAAUGGACUAAGAUUUGAGGUUUCAAUUAUCAAAUUUAUUAAUUAUAAUGAGCAAAGAACAAAGAGGCAAUGCAGCGCUGGGCGACAAGGGAAUCUAUGUUCCGCCAAUUGCCGCGAGGUUUGAACUAGCAUACGGUCCUUUUAUACAAUUGUCUUCCUGUCGUGGUGUACUCUGCGCAUGAUCGAGCUGUGGCUAGGGAAGUCUUCUUCUGUUUCCUCAGCAUAUUCUUCUUGACCUCUUCUAGUGAUUUCCAUAUAUGGUGCGUUACAACUUUACUGGUCAGUUCCACAAUUGCUAACUUUUGACCAUAUUGUUUCAAGUUCCGUAGGUUUUUGCAAGCUACACAUUCUUACUUCCUGACAAACAUUUCGCAAGCUAUGCCCUUUUUGCUUAUCAGUCUUGAACAAACAUUCCUACUUCCUGACAAUUUCCCCCCUUUUCUUUUCCCACUGAAUGUUUGUUUACUAAUAAGAGAUUACCCUUCACAGUCGUAAUUAUGAGAUGGAAUAUUACAAUUCCUUUCUUUUUGUGAA